AUGGUUGGUUAUAUGCUGUCAAGAAGGGAUAGCAAGCAAAUUCUGUCCCCCCAAUCAUCCUGCAAAUAUGGCAAUUUGAGGAUCAUAGGAAGAGGAAAUUUUGGUGAUGUUUACCGAGCUACUAAUUUGACGGCCAGAAAGAUUGAGUUUGUGGCAAUCAAAGUGAUUAAUAUGGAUGACUCUGGUGAUGAUAUAAAGCAAACAGUUAGGGAGAUUCAAUUUUUAAACAAGUUGAGACAUGCAAAUGUUGUUAAGUACUAUGAAAGUUUCACACAUGGAGUCAAUGUGUUUAUUGUUAUGGAGUAUUGUGGCGGUGGUUCAUGCUCGGACUUGAUCAAGUUUCAAAAGAAGAUUCCCGAGAACGUUGUGGGAUAUAUUAUAAAGAAGGUGUUGAUAGGAUUGUCAUAUUUACAUGGAGAACACAAGGUCCAUCGUGAUAUCAAAGCAGCUAACAUUUUGCUCACAGACGAUGGUCAGGUGAAAAUUGGAGAUUUUGGUGUUAGCACGGAAAUCACGUUGUCCAAGAAAAAGAGAAACACUUUUGUUGGUACUCCGUUUUGGAUGGCGCCAGAAGUGAUUACAAGAGGCGGAUCAAGAAGAGGAGUCAAGAAGGAUGACGGAUACGACUACAAAGCCGAUAUAUGGUCAACAGGAAUCACUGUUAUUGAGUUGGUUACCGGUGCGCCACCAUUGGCGGAAUAUGACCCAAUGAAGGUGUUGUUUGAUAUUCCCAAGAAGAAACCGCCACAAUUAAAGGGCCAUUACAGUGAUAACAUUAAAGAAUUUGUUAAUUUGUGUGUCACCUCAAACCCUGAACAAAGACCAAAUUGUGCUACGCUUUUACAACAUGGUUUUAUAACUCAACUACAAGGGAAUAUAAGACAAGAGUUGAUGAGAAUGAUCAUCAAGAAAAAUGCAUACAUUAAACAGAAACCUUAUUCAAAUUCUCGACACAAGCUAAAUUGUGAUUUGAUUGAAAACAUUGAUCACGAAGUUUCUGAAAUUGAAGUUAAACCUGAAAUAGAGUGGGAAUUCACUCAAACACUACAGAUGCAGCUAAACAAUAUGACCCCAGACUCAUCAAAGGUUGCGGAGACUGAAAGUGGAUCAGUUGAAGUUACAGGUGACGAUAGCGUGUACUCGAAUGUGAUAUCUUUGAAUGUGAUCAAUUCAGAAGUAAUUACUCCCCAGCAAACGGAAAAAGGCGCGAUAUUGUUUCAUAGCUUGCAUCAUGUCCUUGCAAGGGGCAGAGAUGAAGAAACCCGACGCGGGGUUGAACGAGUUAUUAAUGCAAUGAACCAUUUUGAAUUGAAGCAUCCUGGAUUGAGUAACGCCUUGGUUGAAGAGAUUGAGCGUGCGCUUAGGAAAUGA